AUGUACGACUCCUACCGCCCCCACCUACUCCUCGCACAGGUGCCCCUCACCGUCUCGCCUUUCAUCAACCUCCCUACCUCGGUUACACUGCCCUACACCUACAAGUCGGUCACCUCGACACUCCCUCCAUCCGUGACCGUUGAUCCCAGUAAUCCAGAUGUCAAGGCCCGCUAUGUCGUUUCGUCCAGCGGUGAACAUGCCGCACACCCAGACGAGAUCCUCGCCGCAUGUCAGUCCCUCGGACAACAUCUGAAAAAGACACGAGGCGACGCUGAAACUGCGAUCAAGGCAUGGGAGGAAUCUAUACAACAGCGCGAUCUGGCUGAGAAGCGGCGCGUCGCUCCUGGGUGGCUGGAUCGCGAUGAGAAACUGUUGCAGCCUAGUCAAGCGACCGGGUCCCCCGAUCCUAAAGGAAAUGCCGAGAGCCUGCUGGACAGCGCUUCGGCCGAUCAGGGAUCUUCAAGGAUACCUUCUAUUAAACCGAGAGAUCAGGGGGAGGAGCUUGAUAGGGCAUUUGGGGGACUGGGUGUGGAAUGA